GUCCUCGGGAAUCGUGGUGUGUAGGUGGGGUUGGGGCGGUAUAAGGAUACCGACGACGGCUACCCCUCAGAUGACAUGCAGCUUCCUACGUCGAUAACUCAACAUAAUUAAAGAUAAAUCAUCAGCCUUUCGCACUUUUAAGGAAUCUAUAAAGUCAGCAAAACACGGUACCAGCAAACAUGGCGUCUCCCGCGAACAUUGACAUCAAGAACCUCGUUGGACGAUGGAGUAUGAACAAGUCUGAGUCUGAUGCCUUCGAUCCAGUUCUCUCCCUCCAGGGCAUCGGCUGGCUCACACGAAAGGCCAUUGAUGCAGCAACCCUGACCCAAUACUUGAACCAAAGCACCGUUGAUGGUUCAGACGGUGCGCCUACCACGCACAUUAAAAUUGACCAGGUCCUCACCGGUGGCCUCAAGGGUUCGCCCGAAAAACGAACCCUGGACUGGACCUACCGCGAUCACACCGACUUUAUCUUCGGCGUCCUCAAAGGCCGUUCCCGCUACUCCACUCUCGAGAAAUUCCGGGAAGAGUCCAGGGAAACAGGUGCGACGGAUGAAGAUAUCAAGUACAUGACUGAGGGGUGGUUGGAGGAAACCCAACAAGGAGAUAUUGUAGAAUGCUUCGUGUCCAAUGCGGCGAGCAAGUGGAUUUCAUGGAACGUUUGGGGCUUCGCUGAAUCUGGCGGGCAGAGGAAGUUGAUCAAGAAGUUUGCUGUUAGGAAGAUUGAUACGGGUGCGGUUGUGAGGGUGACGAUGGUUUACGAUUACCUUGGUCCAUUGGAGAAGUAGUCCGCAUAAAGUAUCGUCUACGAGUCAGCUCGUCCUCAUUGAGCUUAUCUGCUGAAUCUUAAAGUUGUCCUUUUCUUCAUCGUAUCCGUGUUUGAAAAAUCCAAUCUGGUAGU